AUGUCCGCUCAAUCAACCGCAGCUAUUAUUAAAAAAGCUGGUCGGUCAUUGCAAAAGUUACAUUUAGAUCUUAUCACAAGUGAUACAGUCGAUGCCAUUCUUAAUUAUUGUCCAAAUAUUUCUAUUUUGAAGAUUUACAACAAGGACGAUAAUGAUAAUAUUAAUCUUUGCAAGUUAUUGAGCGGUAUGAAAGGAAUGAAAUUGAAAAAACUUGACUUGAUUUUUAACUCAGCAUUUACAUCGAAACUUGGUCGGAUAUUACCACUUUCUUUGGAUUCUUUGACGCUCCUUGACGUCAAUCCUACCUUUUACAAAUUUCUUGAAGAGUUUUUAAAUGGUAUCCAGGCUCAACUAUCAAGUUUAACAAUUUCGUUUCUCGGAAAAUGCUUACCUGAAAUUUUAAAAGUGAUUCGAGAUUAUGUCAAGUCAAAGAAUGUAUUGAAAACUCUUAAUUUUACAUCACAUCCUCUUAGGUAUAUGUGUGAGAAAGAACUAAAUGAUAUAUUGGUCAUGAAACAGGAGCUUCAUGAAAACGUGAAUGUGUUGAUUGAUUAUUCCAAGGACUAUUAUAAUCUUGAAAUGGCAGCAUAA